AUGCCUUGUGGGCAUGCAGUAGCUGUAAUUGCAAAGAGAAACUUGGGAGUAUAUGAUUACUGUGCAAAGUUUUACAAAACAGAAACUUUGAAAGCAAUGUAUGAAGAAAAUAUUCAUCCUUUGCCCCAUAAAGAUGAAUGGAAUCUACCACAACACUUAGACAUAGUGGUGCUACCUCCAAAGGCAACAAUCCCUGCAGGAAGACUAAGAAAGAAAAGAAUAAGAUCAAGAGGAGAACCAAAAGUGAUAAUCACCUGUGGUAAAUGUGGCCAACCAGGACAUAAUAGGAAGACUUGCAGGAAUCCACCAGUUGACAAGACAAACAAGCAGAAAAAACAAAAGUCAUAG